AGGCAACUCAAACUGCAGUAGCUGUUGCGCAUGUUUAUUUCGGCUAGUAGCCAUGGCUCGGUUCGCUACCCUGCUUCUUUUACCGGUUCUCAUUGAAUCGGUAUUAUCAAUUUCAUUCUUUUUACCGGUAAAUUCAAGGAAAUGUUUACGGGAAGAGAUCCACAAAGACGUGCUGGUCACGGGGGAGUAUGAAAUCAGCGACCAGUCCAACACAAAGACCAACCUGAAGAUCACAGACUCGUCGGGACACAUCCUAUACUCAAAGGAAGGUGCAACGAAAGGGAAGUUUGCCUUCACGACAGAGGAUUAUGACAUGUUUGAAGUGUGCUUUGAGAGCAAAUCGCCCAUGGGAACUGGGAGGAUCCCCGACCAGCUGCUUAAUCUGGACAUGAAGCACGGAGUGGAGGCCAAGAACUAUGAAGAGAUCGCCAAAGUGGAGAAGCUGAAGCCCCUGGAGGUGGAGCUAAGGCGACUGGAGGACCUAUCCGAGUCCAUCGUCAAUGACUUUGCCUACAUGAAGAGGAGGGAGGAGGAGAUGAGGGAUACCAACGAGUCCACUAACACACGCGUCCUGUACUUCAGCAUCUUCUCUAUGUGUUGUCUGAUUGGCUUGGCCACCUGGCAGGUCUUCUACCUGCGACGCUUCUUCAAGGCAAAGAAGCUGAUUGAGUAGAGAGGCAUCCCCACUACACCCAGGGGGAGCAGCCAAUGCUACCCGAUCAACCUUUACCCUCCUCGGACUAUGGCUUUGUCCAAAAUGACACCCUGUAUAGUGAGCUACUUUUGACCAGAGCCUCCAUAGGCUGAAGUUUUUUGCCCGAAAGCCCGUAGACUCUAGUCAAAAGUUGUGCAUUAUACAGGGAAUAACCAGGGCACCGUUUCGGACCUAUCCAAUAAUGACAAAACAACGGGUUGUGCAGAACAGCUCUACUAGUUUCGGUGGUGUCAGACGGCACCAAGGGGUAGCCUAUUCUCUGAAAACUAUACACACCUGUGGCUCAUCAAGGGGUAGCCUAUUCUCUGAAAACUAUACACACCUGUGGCUCAUUCAGCAGAGUGAAAUUAUUCUUUAAAAAAAACAUAUUUUAAUGUAGAAAUGUAGAAUGUACACAUAUUUAUCAUCAGAGAGCGAGAAUGUUCCAUGUGUUGUUUCUAAUUUACAUUUCUCAGAUUGUCAUUUAAUGUGUACAGUUUGAUUUGGAGUUAUGUUUAUUUUUAUUUUGUUGGGAUGAAUGGUUGCCCCCUUGAGAGAAUGUCUAUUGCCCUUUAUAUCGUUGUACAAAGUCUUGGCCAUGUCAAGCGAGCUAAAGGCUAUAGUGUGCUGGGCGUCGCCAAAAACGGCACCCUAUUCCCUAUAUAGUGCACUACAUUUAGACCAGGUCCCAUAGGGCUCUGGUCAAAGUAUUGCAAUAGGGUGCCAUUUGAGAUGUACCUUUUUAUAUUGUUGCCCUUUUUAAGUGAAGCCUUUAUUGAACAGCAGGUGGAAUGUGGUAUGACUCAAAAGAGAGAAACUAUGGCAACCACGGAACUUCUGUGCUUUGUCGGUUAAUUCAUUUGAAUACUGUGUUUGGUAACUAAAUUUGACAGCGUCUUUUAUUUAGUUUGUUUUGAUUUUGUAAAUGCUAUCGCAGGGCAGGUAUUUUUGGGGGAGAGGGUUUCAUAAGUUAUCAGGGAAUGAAUGGUUGGUUGUCUUAAAUGGCACCCUAUUCUAUAUUUAAAGUGCAUUGGGCCCUGGUUAAAAGUAGUGCACUAUUUAGGGAAUUAGGCUGUAAUUUUGGACGCGGUAAAUAUAAUUUUGAAAACUAGGUCAUUUCUAGAAGAACACUUUGUUGCUAGUUCUUAAGUUUUUAUUUUAUUUUAAGAUGUACAAAAGAUAACCGCAUCUACAUUGCCAUCUGAAUGUGUUUUAAGUCGAGUAGUAGUUCCCUAUAUGAAUUGCUCUUCCUCUUUUGAGAACCCUUGAAUCUGGCUAUUAGAACCUGACUCACAAAUGCAUGUCAAACCUUUUGUUACUUAAAAAAGGGCAGACACUAUCAGGAUAGUAGGACUGUAGUGCCAUUUUACAUGCCAGCUUUGCAUCGGUGGUAGUUUUGUAGUAACAUAUCCUAACUCUUCCUUGGAUGUGUUCCAUUUGAGCAGGCUAGUGUAUUUUAUUUUAUUUUUGCAAUUUCUGGGGAAAUGAUUUGCUUCUUUAGCCUGGUCCCAGAUCUGUUUGUUUGCCAAUGGGAGUUGACAAAGCAAGACAACACAAACAGAUCUGGGACCAGGCUAUUGCUCAUUGAUUUUGGGGAUCGAUUUAAAAUUACAACACUUAAGAUCCAGAUCUGAGUGCCACACUCUUUGUGCUAUCAUGGCAACUCCUUGUCAGGUUUGGUGUGACAAGGACGGCAAUUGAGGUAGUGUAAGAGUACACACCGAUCUGCGACCAGGCUUUCAAGAUCCAUCCAACAUUCUUUCGGAGAUAAUUAUGGGGUCUGGUUUACAUGAGGGUUUGGAGUUGGUUAAAAGAUAUAACUAUUUUUUUUUUGUGUCACUGUUAUUAAGCUAUUGCAUUAACCAAUUAUGUGGGGUACAUCCAUUUGUUUUUAACAGUGAACAUUUUCUAUGUUUUCAGUCAAUGAUUUCUAUGUUGAUUGAGAUCAAUUUGGAAAAGGUUUGUGUUAGGCUUUUAAUUCAAUAAAAUAUUGGAUGGAUUUACAAAACAAA